AUGAAGAACACCAUAUAUCCAUGCCUAUUGGACGUUUUACCGAGCGAGAUUAUCAUUCAGAUACUAGCAAGUCUGGAUUAUCGCCAAUUGCUUCGAUGUCGUUCAGUAUGCCAACAUCUCAACCGAGUCAUUGCCACAGAAUCCAUACUUCAGUAUACUAUUGAGGUAGCAAUGGAUUGCCUUGUGCCACAUCAGGGAGACAAAACUGUGGCUUACGCUGACCACCUGUCCAAGCUUCGGAGGCUACGGAAGGGGUGGAGAACAUUGAACUGGAAGAGCAAAACAAGUAUACGUGUGCAAGGCUCAUGCAACAGUUAUGAAUUGGUCGAUGGCUAUUUCGUUAAAGUGGAUAUCCAUGGCAAUAUCUUGGUGCUGGAACUCCCCUCAGCCACCGGAGAAGGUCGAACUGUUUGCAACGAGAAUCUCUCGAUGAUACCGGGAGACUUUGCACUUGAUCCUACCCAGGAUGUGAUUAUCUUUCUCAAGCCUGAUGAUAGGCAACAAUUGUCUCCAAACCGAAUGGCAUCCGUCCACGUCCGCACCAUAUCGACCCGUGAAGUCCAUCCAUCAGCAGCACGGCCAAUAAUAUCUUUCGAUGUUACACAAAGUUCUGUUUGGGGGAAUUCCUUCUACAGAGUGUUGACACAACUAGCUGGAGACGUGUUUGCUGUUUUUAUCUCCACUGGCGCUGAAAGGUCUCGACUUCUUAUUUGGAAUUGGAUGAAGGGCAACCUCAUAUUUGACUCAAAUGUGCAUCCCCUACCAGAACAAACAUUUAGCUUUUCAUUUAUCGACUCUCGCUCCUUCAUUGCCACCUCACUUCGGGACAGUGGAUUGGUCCACAUCUUUUCCUUUGAAGACUUAGAUUCGGAGAAUGGUCCGACCCAUGUGGCGACGCUGCUUAUGCCGGAACUCAACGAGUACGCCGCUGUACACCAAUUCUCGACUCACUGCGAGCCUUUUUUUGGUGAAGCAUCCACCAAAUCCUUCUCCACCUUGAAGGAAUCCCGGCUGCACGUCAUGACUAUCCAGUAUGUCACCGUCAGACACUUCAUACGCACAGAUUAUACGCUUUUCAUACGCAACCAAGUCUUUCUGAACUAUAUGGAAGAUUACAAACGUGGCAGGCUAACUAACACACCCGUUGUCCCAUGGUCUGAAUGGGGCCCGAAGAACACCAGAUUUUUGGAUCAAGCGACUCAAUAUUCAUGGCUACGAUACGUUCAAGGACAACGGGUCGUCUGCCCAUCUAAAGAUGGUUGUGUUCAAGUCUUUGAUUUUAAUUUCCACCCCUCGCAACCCCAGCAGUUUAGCUUCCAGCCCGGAAUUACGCAACAGGUGUGGACGACUCCGACCGUACUCGCGGCCAACGACAUCUUUAAGAGCGACGUCGAGUCCACAUUGCCGUACUUCAUGUCGAGGCGGACGCUGACCGGAGAUUAUGAUGCGUAUAUGAUUGACCAAGAGCGGAUUCUUGGUUUGAAAGUUGAAAAUUCGCAAGGGGACGAAAAGAUUUCACAGAUUGACGUGUUCUCAUUCUAA